UGAGCAUAAACGUAUUUAGAGGCAAAUGCAUUUCUGUUUCUCUCAGUUAAGGCUUUAGCAUUUACCGGAAAGGAGAAUGAAAAUGCUUCUGUUGUCGUGCACGGUCCUUUUGGCUUUAAUGUCGUCUUCUAUCGACGCACAAAAUUCGAAUUUCAUCUGUUACUUCCCUAACUGGUCACGAUAUCGUACAGGACUCGGUCAGUACACUGUGGACAACAUCAAUCCUAAACUAUGCACCCAUUUGGUGUACGCAUUUGCCGUCCUGAAUGAAACUACCUACAAGAUAAAGGUGUUUGAUACCUGGGCAGACAUUGAUCUCGGCGGCUAUCAGAAGUUUGUCGCUCUCAAGACCCAGAACUCCAAGCUGAAAACUAUGAUCGCCAUAGGAGGUUGGAACGAUUCUAACGAUGGAACUGGCAAGUAUUCAAAGUUGGUGGCCAGCUCGACCAACAUCAAUACGUUUGUCAACUCGGCUGUGACUUUCCUACAAUUAUACAAGUUCGAUGGCUUGGAUUUGGAUUGGGAAUAUCCUUCGACUGCAGCUGACAAAGUCGGUUUCACUAACUUAAUCGUAGCCCUAAAGAAUGCCUUUUUGCCGCAUGGUUUUUUGCUAAGUGCGGCCGUUUCUGCUUCAUCCAUCGAUGCCGGUUACGAUGUUCCCCAGAUGAGCCAACAUUUAAAUUUCAUUAACUUGAUGUCGUAUGAUUUUCAUGGCGCUUCCUGGGAGCCAACCGUAGCUGACCAUCACUCUCCUCUUCGCAAGCGUCCAACGGACCCGAGCAAUUUCAAUUCCGAUUUUGCUGUCAACUAUUGGAUUACUAAAGGUAUGCCCGCUUCCAAAAUCAAUAUGGGCAUACCUGUUUACGGAAUGAGUUGGAAACUUACCUCCACCACCAUCGCCCCACCGGCGCCCGCCUCCGGUGCUGGAGUCGCUGGUCCCUUCACUGGGACGCCUGGUUUCAUGGCUUACUACGAAAUCUGCAGUGCUGUUCGCUCCAACGGUUGGCAAGUGGUCCAAGAUCCCACUCAAGCAAUCGGUCCCUAUGCUGUUUCGCCGACCAGUCCCAAAACUUGGGUUGGUUACGAUGAUCCAGCCAUGGCUAUCGUCAAAUCCAAUUACAUUUUAUCAAAAGGAUUGGGUGGAGGAAUGGUAUGGGACAUCAGUAUGGAUGACUUUCGAAACACUUGCGUCGCUGGAGCCAACCCAAUCCUGACGGCAAUCUCCAAUACCCUUAACGCUUCGUUAACCAUUUCUACUACACCAUCAACUCUGUUAACAACAAAGCCAGCCGUAACGACAACUAAACCAAUUUCGACAACAAAAUUUGCUUCAACUACAAAGCCAACUUCAACCACGAGGUCAACUUCAACACAAAAAAUAGCUUCAACCACAAAACCAGCGUCCACCACAAAGAAAACAACAAUAAAACCAAAGUCAACGACAAAAGUUGCACCAACAACAGCUAAAGCUACUACUCAGGCAACAAGGUCCACGACCAGAAAACCAUCUGGAACUUUCACCUGUCCAAGACCAAAUGGACUGUUUCCGGACCCUGCCUCUUGCUCGUCUUUUUACUCUUGCAGUAACGGAACACCAAUCAAAAUGCAAUGUGGUACUGGAUUAUACUUUAAUCCUACUUUGCUGGUUUGCGACUGGCCUUCCAACGUGAAUUGCACCGUAAGUGGUUGAAAGAGUAAUGCAUACUCCCGAAGAAGGGGUGUAAAUCGGUGGUGGCACAAACAAUUCUCUAAGAAAGUUAAAGAGGUUUUAAUAAACAUUAACAGCAAAA